AUGAUCAUGGUGCGAUUACUCAUCUCGGACGGCUCAUGGUUGGUGCUUCUGAUGGCAGAGAAAGCCACCUUGGCGCUGCCGGAGCGCACAGAGAUGCCCAGAGCUGUGCCCGUGGGAUCGGACCACGAUGGGCUCCGUCUCGUUCUGCCCGCGGGCCGGGCCCGCCAACCAUGCUGCCCCCAGCAGCAGCAGCUCCACGACGCCCAGCAUCGCGGCGCUGGCACCCACCCCGCCCCCCACCCCGGGGGCUGCCUGCGCCAGCCGCCCCCCCGCCCCAGCCCGGCUCCGAAGCCCCCUCCUCAGAUCCGUGCGCAGCUCUGCCGACGCCGCUCUGGACACUUCGGGUCUUCUUGCACUCCUGGGCAAGCGUGCCCCCCGAGCGAUGCUCCCGGAGCCCCGCCCGGGCCUCACGGGUACCGUGGCUGCCCAACCGCACUUGGAUGCAUAGCCGCUGCCGCUCGAUCCCCGCUGAUUCCGCCGCCUCCUGCCCGCACCGGCUGCUGCUGCCGCCGCCGCCGCUCUGAAUUAUUGAUGCAGCCGGCGAUGCAGCCGGAGCCGGCGGAGAGCGCGCGCCGGGCACAAAGGCGCGGACCGCGGCCUGGCCCCGCCCCUACCUUCUCCCUCCCCGCCUCCCUCUCCAGCCCCGCCCCCUCACCGGCAGAAGCUCCACCCCCCGACCAAUCCUGGCGCGCCGCGCUCCCCGCCGAGCCAAUGACGGCGCUGUCCGCGCGCGGCCACCUGACCCUGGGCGCCGUUGUUAUUAGGCGCGGCGAGGCCGGCGGCGCGCGGCAGCGGGGUUGGGCUCAGGCGGAGAGUCGACGGAGGGAGCGAGGGCCGGGAGCGCGCGCGCGCGCGCGCGCCCGCGUUUCUGUGCCGUCUGCGGCGGCCGCUCGUUCACUUGUCUCCCGCCUCCCGAUACGGUCUUGUUCAGCCCCCUCAGUCCUUCCGCCCGCCUCCCUCGCCGGCCCUCAGGACUUCUCAAGAGACUUUAAUAUUCCAAUGUUUUGUGAUUCCUCAGAAGCUGUUAUGGAAGAGCCACCCCUGUCUCUGCGUCCCCCAGCACGUGCAUACACCAAGGAAGGUCUUGUGAAGCAGUCACAGGGCAGCAGUCUGCAAACCGAGAUGAGAGGCGCGGGAAUGAAGCCUACCUUGCUGGCACCUUGACCUUGGACUUGCCAGCCUCCAGCCCUGUGAGAAAGUUCUGUUGUCAAGCCACCCAGUCUGCAGUUUUUGUUAUGGCAGCCCAAGGAGGCUAAUAUACUCUCUCUGCCUCUGUAGAUGUCUCUCCUGUUUUUCUCUGGGUCUGUCUCUGCCUCUCUGCUCCCUCCCGCCCCGCCGUCCCUGACUUUCCCAUAGCACUUUCGCCCUCUGCUGGCCAGUCUCGGGUUAGCAGGCAAGGUGCGGGCCUCGGAGAGGUUCUGUCUCUUCGGGGCAGCAUCUUCCCACUCUCCCCGCAGCACACACACCGCACACACUCCCCAGGAUGAGAGUCGGAUGGCAUCUCACCACCCCUUCGUUUGCCCUCCCUCACACCCAAUAACCCAACACACCGUCGUCCCUGAUACGUGAGCAAACACUUUUUGUUCUAAGCUCCUGAGUCAGGGCCACAACCGACCCAUCUCUUUUACCAACUCUGAAGCCCACCUACUCACUCACUGCCCGGCACACAGUAGGUGCUCACUAAAUGUUCCUUGAAUGAGUAAGGGAAGACACUCAUUUAUGGGGAUUUCAUGACUUCUUGUAUUUGGGCGGGUAGACUCUGACUGAGGAUGGGAACAUCCCUUCCUCCUGGUGGAGCCCCCCAUACGCACACUGCACAUGGCAUCUGGGUGGUACCCACGCUCACUGCCUGCACACAGCGCCAAGCAGUGCCCGCCCGGCCUCCAGGUGACGGACGGGGAGCCCCGUCCCCUGCCUCCUUAUGUGCCUCCUACCCAGCUCCGCAAGCCAGCCUGGAGCAGGGGACAUGCAUCUCUUGGUUUGUCACUCGGCAGAACAGCUCAGAGGAAAGGAAGGCGAAGCGACUGUCUCCAUAAUUCAGCCCCCUCAGCCUGGGAAGGAACUGUUAUCUGAGGGGGCUAAUGAAGAUGAAUCUAUCCGAGGGGAGAGGAAACCCCAGCUUCCGCUUUCUAGCUUAAAGGCUGCUCCAUCACUCGGGUUCCUAAAUCAGCCGUGGGAGGCGGGGGUGGGAGGUAAGGGAGUCUCCCGCCCAGCGUGCCCAGCCAGGCUCCUUUCAUCCCCAUCAGUCCAGGAUGCAGGUGAGGGGAGUGAGGAACUCAGCUGGCGCGCACGAUUUUCGGGGCGCCACCAGCAGGGUCGCACAGGGUGAGUGUCAGCCAUGCUUCCCUUUGCCUCCGGCUCUCCUGCAGCUCAACACUGUGCUGCUCCUGAUCUCCUCUUUCACUUUUUCGUAGUUAAUUCAUUGCGGACUUUUUUUGCAAUGAAUUUUGAUUUUUUUUUUAAAUAAUGAAAGUGGGGACUUACAUAUCUGUACAUCCGUGUUCUUAGCAGCGUUAUCCACAAUAGCCAAAGAAUAGAAAACAGUGUCCACUGAUGGAUGAAGGGAUAUAUGAAGUGUGGUAUAUCCAUAAUGGAAUUGUAUUCAGCCUUUAAAAGGGGAGGAGAUUCUGACACGUGCUGCAGCAUGGAAGAAGCGUCAGGGCAUUUUGCUAAGUGAAAUGAGCCAGUCACAAGAAGUCAAGUGCUGCAUGAUUCCACUUACAUGAAGUACUUAGUCAAAUUUAGAGAGACAGAAGGUAGUUACCCCAGGGGCUGGGGAGAGCAGGGACUGGGAGGUUAGUGUUCAGCUGGGGAAGAGGAGGACAUUCUAAAGAUGGAUGAAGGUGAUGCUUGCACAAUGUGACUAUACUUAAUGCCACUGAACUGAACAUAUAAAAUGGUUAAAAUGGUAAAUGUUUUA